UCCUCUCGGCGGCGUGAAGGCAGGACGCGGCGUGGGCGUUCUCGGGGCUUCCACCUGUGGCCUUACCUGUCUCCCGGCGGCGCUGCAUGAUUAGAAAGUAGGCGCGCAGGAUGAUGUAAGGGUGAGGGGGGCAUGAUGCAUAUAUAUGUGACACCUCUCUGCGCCCUCGCUGUGGUCCUCGUCAACCCCCAGCUCGCCCAGGCCGCUAACAACAUAGGAUGUCUGUUCAGUGACACCCUCUGUGAGAAAGACCGUGAAUGGUGUUUUGACGAUCAAGCAUUCGGUCACUGUCUGUCUGAUUAUGGUCACUACAGCGGCGAUGACCUCUACAGGUAUGAGCUGGGGUCCGAGGAGCUGCGCAUUCUCGAGCAGGAGAUGCAGCGGCUCUUCCUGCUGGGUUACCGCUGGUCCCACACCUACACCCAGUGCGUCCUGCAGACCCUUCUUAAGUCCUUCAGGAGCCAGGUGGAGUUUGACAUCAGCACCUGCAACGGGGACCUCGACCAAGACCUUGAGGGCGCACUGAAGGCCAUUGAAGGAGAAGAGCUGGUUGACCCCCGUGACCUGGCCAUCGUACGGUUCACCCCAUCCGUGACUGACCCCCACUCCGACUAUGCCGAUGAGGUGUACUUCCCGCCCAUCAGGGAGGAUAUGGUCAGCAGCCACUUGGACUCCUCGUCUGAUGACCUCCAGCACCAGGACACAUCGGGCAAGGAGUCAGGGGAGGGGAACGACCAGCAGGGUAUGGGGCAGCACCAGGAUAGCAGCAGCAGCAGCAGCGCCCCCAGCACCCAGAACGGCCACCAGCCCCCCAGUCCCUACCACCCCGGGUCCUCCAAGCUGCCCCAAGUCAUGGACACCCCACAUGAUGACAACAACAUGGCCAACAACUACAUCCAGAGCUACUUGGACGACGAUUCGGACCUGUCGAACGAUAUCUACUCGCAGCACUACCAGCCCUACGCCAAGAGGGGCUACAUGGAUACCUCCCGCUCCUCUGACCUCGACCUUAGCAACUACACGCCUCGCCUCAGCUCCAAGAACAUCUUCCUCACAUAUGGCAGAGACCGUGAGCCCACUAACAACCGCUACCCCGAGGAUGACCACCAGACCUUCGAGGACCAGUACCUGCGCACUGACGAUGGCGACAACCGAGACGAGCUGUUCGGGGAGGAGCCCACUCGCCCCAUGUACACCGAGGGAGGGAUGCAGUUCGUGCCGCAGGUGGAGAGCAACCGCGGGCUAAUGGACGAUGAUGACGACAGCAGCUGGUCCAACAUGCCUGAGAUGUACCCCGGCAGCUCCAUGUCCAUGCCAGGCUACGGCGGGGGCAUGCAGGACUACCGGGGCCGCGGACGAGACUAUAGCGGCAUGCGUAACCUGCCCAGCGACCUGCAGGACUACGGGAACCUGCAGUCCAACCUUCCCGGGUAUGGUAUGCGUGGCCAGCCCGACGACUACCCAAGAUACCAGGACAUGGGAGGGUUGCAGGAUGACAUGGGGUAUGGUGACCUGCCCCGAGGGAACAUGCGCAUGCCCUCCAACAGCCUCUCCGGGGGGUACGGGGGCACGCGUAACCCUUGGAAUAUGCCCGUCACACCCAGAAACAUGAUCGGCGUCCCUGAUGUGUGGGACCAGCAGAGUCUCCGAGCCCCCAUGGUCGCCGACAGCAGCCCCUGGGGGUAUGGCCGCUACACCCCCCGCCAAAGCUACCCCUACCAGGCCCCCAGGAGGGACCCCGGGCUCUCACGGCUCCUGAUGGAAGGGUACCCCAGCCAGAACAUUCCGCAGCAGCCUCCGCCCAGCACCCAGCAGCAGCAGCAGCUUCAGCAGCCCUACCAGUCUGCGUUCGGGUCUCAGCUCAACAGUCUGGAGGGUUACGAUGAGGACCAGCGCGACUACCCCGACUACGGCAUGCUGGGCGACUACAGCGACUACGACCAGUACGACGACGGCCAGUUCGGGCGGCAGCGGCCCUUCAUGCAGAAGUUCGUGAAGAAGGACGAGGAGACCAUCGGGAGUGACUACGGGGACCUGGCUGCCUUGGGCCCUUGGAGCUUCCAGCGGGAGGAGAGGCAGGAUGUGAAGAAGCCAGGGCCCUUCUACAACAGCAAGAACAACUACGCCUUUGGGACCUAUGAAAUGCACCUCCUUCCUGAUCCCUAUAGCCAGGAUAUCAUUCCCCUGAUGUUCCCCCGGGUUCGGCCGUGGCAGCGUGCCCGUCCCCUGGGUCUGUGGUCUACCGGGGGUCCCUUCCAAGGCCUACCUAUCCCUCGCUCCCUCUACCCUCUGCUUGCCCCGUCCGAGUUCGCCCGCCCUCCACAGCCCCAGCCCACGGAGGGAGAGGAAACCAAGGACGAGGUGCCGGAUCUGCUACUGGAAGAGGAGAAGUUAGUGGAGGAAGCCGCUGAGGAUAUUGAGUCGCAGUCCACCGGCCAGCCCCAGAUAACGGAGGAGGAAGUGAAGGAAGCGAAGGAGGGAGAGACGAAGGUUGAGGAGGAGGAGGAGGAAGGAGGAGGAGAGAAGACUGAUGCUGAUGGCGAAGGGAAGGAAGAUACGGAGGAAGGGAAGGAAGAAGGGAAGGAGGGAGAGGAGGGGGGGGAGGAAGGCCCGUCACCCCCCUCUGCCCCCCUUGCCCAACGCGCCCCCCCUCCCCCAGGCUCCUUCGUCACCAUCACCACCAAUGACAACUUGUCCGGGGAAGGCGAGGGACGGCGGCUGGCGGCGGCGGUGCUGGCGGAGGUGGGCUUGAAAGAGAACCAGUACGAUGCUCUCAGCGUUGAGGACGACCGUGUGACCUUCAGAGUCCUCGAAAACGACCUGGGACUGACCGCAGAAGACGUGGCUAAGAAAACAGUGGAGAUGAAGGACGAUCUCAAGCAACUGGGAUUCGAAGUGGAGGACGCCGCGGUGGUGCAGAAGAGCACCGUCUCCGCCGUGGUCUUCAACCCCGCGGAGAGGCACAUGGUCGCUGCAGCUGUCAUCGUAUGUGGAGUAAUGGCGGCCCUGGUGGUAGCGGCUGGCACCCUCUUCUUCGUUCGCCGCCACGCCCGCGCCAAGGCCAAGCUGCCCCCUUACAGCUCCCAGGACACCGAGGCUAAGGACUAUGAGGACUUGUGCCGGGCUAGGAUGGCGGGCAAGGGAGGAACAGGGGACGGAGGAGGUAAGACCGACGCUCCCGGUACCACAGCGCCCUCCAGCGGCCACGCCCCCAGCGGCCAGCGUGUCUCCAGCCUCUCUCGCGACUCCGACAACGGGAACAACUCACCUUCCUCCCGGUCAUCCACAAGCUCCUGGAGUGAGGAGCCAGUGACCUCCAACAUGGAUAUCUCCACUGGCCACAUGGUGCUGUCGUACAUGGAGGAUCACCUGAAGAACAAGGACCGUCUGGAACAAGAGUGGAUCGCCCUCUGCGCCUACGAAGCGGACUCCUGCGCCACCACCCUCGCCCUCAAGCCCGAGAACAACCAGAAGAACCGCUACCCUGACGCCGUGCCCUACGACAACAACCGCGUGGUGCUUAACGCCCACGCCAACGUCAACGGCUCCGACUACAUCAACGCCUCGCCCAUUACGGAUCACGACCCCCGGAACCCCACCUACAUCGCCACCCAGGGCCCGCUGGAAGCCACGGCAGCUGACUUCUGGCAGCUGGUGUGGGAGCAGGGCAGCGUGGUGGUGGUGAUGCUGUCCAGGCUCACCGAGAACGGCCACUCGCUCUGCCACCGCUACUGGCCCGAGGAAGGCAGCGAGCUCUACCACAUCUAUGAGGUCCACUUGGUGUCGGAGCAUAUCUGGUGUGAUGACUACUUGGUGAGGUCUUUCUACCUGAAGAAUGUGCGCACCGGUGAGACUCGGACCGUCACUCAGUUCCACUUCCUCUCCUGGCCCGAUUCCGGCACCCCCGCAUCCACCAAGGCCCUGCUGGAGUUCAGAAGGAAGGUGAACAAGUCUUACCGAGGUCGCUCCUGCCCCAUCAUUGUUCACUGCAGCGACGGCAUAGGACGCACCGGGACCUACUGCCUCAUCGAUAUGGUCCUCAACCGCAUGGCCAAGGGCGCUAAGGAGAUCGACAUCGCGGCCACACUGGAGCACAUCCGAGACCAGCGCCCUCACAUGGUGCGCACAAAGGCUCAGUUCGAGUUCGUGUUGAUGGCCGUGGCGGAGGAAGUCCAUGCUAUCCUCAAGGCCCUCCCCCAGUAAACACCCCACUCGGCCCUCUCCCUCUCCCUCUCCCUCCUCUCCCGAACCAGCCCCAAGCAGCAGCAGCAGCAGCAACCCUACACCUGACGAAGACCAUCUCCCGCCAUUUCUUGCUUGUCUCCCUCUCGCUGCCUCCCUCCCUCCCUCUUCCCCGGCCGUCGGAGGGAGGAAAGGUUGAGGCUUGAGAGGGCCUUUGGAGUCUGAAGAGGGCUAGAGAAGGGCUGCUGCGGCGAAGAGGGUUGGCCUGCACUGUGCCGUACUACUGAGGGGAGGGACCAUCGGCCACUGAGACGCCGCAACAUUAUGGAUAUGGAGUUUUGACUGCCGCCUCAUCCACCAACCCACCCACCCCAACCCCGACUCCAACCCCCACCCACCCACGCUGACCCUGAAUCCAGCUCCGUGUCCCUCCCCUUCCCCGCGUCCCCAUACCAAGACUCCUCACCCAUGUUCCUUCCCCGCCCUUCCUCCACCCCACUCCUCGUCAGCGUUCUCCUGCUCCACCCCACAUCCUCCACCCACUCAUCCCUACCUAAACACUCACACACACACACACACACACACACACACACACACACACACACACACACACACACACACACAUAACACACACACACAUACCUCCAGUGCGGUCCAUACAUACACGCCAGCGCAUUCGCGGCCACUUCCCCUGCCCCUCCACCCCCUCCACCCCCAGCACCACCCUGCCCCCCCCCAGACCGCCGCACCCACGGCCCCUUUGGACACAGCAAGGCACCGACCGACGCCCAUGAAGCAGUAGACGAUAACGAUGGAUAUAUAUUUUCUUUUAAAUGUCUCCAGAUAAGGUAUAUAGGAAUAUAUAUAUAAAUGAAUAUAUAUAAAUAUAUAUAUAUAUAAACAAAAGUAACCAUGUGUAUAAGUGGUAAUGACACUGUGUACUGGAGCAACUGUCCACCAAGUCACACUCGGUUCCACAACCUUCCCGCGCCGCGCCGCCACGUUGUCAAAAUUAAGCCCCGCAGGGCGCGUCGCCCCGGCCUCACGCUGCUGCCGCGGCCGGCGCCGCCAAGCUUGUGUAACCGAGUCAGGUCGUGUUGUCUGAACCUCAACUCUCCGCUUUAUUUUCUCUACAAAAGUUCUCCAAAAGGUAUAUAAAAAGACGAAAACAGAAAACCAAAAAAAUAAAAAAGUUGUAAGAGCAAGCGAGUCAACCCUUCGCUGGGCGGGAGAGGCGCCCCCGAGGGUCCUGGCUGGCCCGCCGCCUCCUCCUCAUCAGGAGCCUUCUUGGAUCCAGCCUCCCAAGAAGGCUUCUACCGGCCACUCAGGUCUCUCGGCUGACGCGUCUCGCGGCCAACGAGCGUAGAUGUUGCUUCCCAUGUGUGUGUGUGUGUGUCCGUAGAGCAGUGGUAGUGCCCUAGGCUGUACGGUGUCUCGGUGUUCUGUAGGCGACUGGCGCCCCUCCGGCCCCCUCCCGGCCCCCCACACCCCCCCGCAGCCAUCACAGGCCUCGGGGACCCUGGCGUCCCCGUUGGCGGAGACACCAUCGCGGGGUCCAGCCGGCGGCGGCGGCGGCGGCGGGUGUGGCGUCGCCGCGCCCUCCGCCGCCCGGUAGUCUUGGUCGUUGUGUGACGCUGUUGCUGCUAGUUGAUGGCACCUCGUGACCUGCAGCUGUGUACCGUCGCCUGUGUUGCUUUGUCACGCGCUUAUGUUACCUUGUUUAUCAUUAUUAACUUCGAUAUUAUUAUUAAUAUUAUCAUCAUUAACAAUUGUUUUUUGGCACUUCUAUGGUAGUCAUGUAUGCGUGUGUUAGUCAUUACAUAACCUCGCCUGAGUUACCUUCUGUGUUGCCGUCGCCUUUGGUUGUGUCUUGUUUGGUCAGUAUUACUACUCAUGCCAACUCUUUGUAUCCCGGUCAUAUAUUGUACUGACUCAUCCGUCUGGACCAUUCCCGAGAAAUAUCCACGUUACAAUAGUUAGUGAGAUGUCUGGACUAGCGCUGUCUUCACUGUGCGGGCCACCACCACCACCACAACAACGCCAGUACCACUACCACUACACCACCACCACCACACUACCUCCACCACCACCACCACCACCACAACACCCCAUACACACCUCUCACCUACACCUUGAUAAUGUCUAAGGCCGCAUCCGCCAGGUGUGUGUGCGUGUGCGCGUGUGCGUGAGUACGUGUGUGUGUGGCCCACAGAAAUAAAGUAAAAAGGAUAUAUAAAUAUAAAUAUAUAUAAAUAUAUAUAUACAUAAUUAUAAUAUUGAGUUUGGCUAUGUUGUAAUCUUCCUCCUUCCUCUCUUCUUUAUCAUUUUCCUACUUAUGAAAUCCCACAGUUUAUUCACUUUCUAUUCCUCUUUCCUCCCUCCUCCUCCUCCUCCUCUUCCUUCUCCUCCUGGUCCUCCCUUCCCCUACCCUCCCCCCCACCCUUCCCAUGCCUUGAGAGCCAAUAAAGUGAUUUGGUGGA